CCCCGUUUGUUGAAAAUGAAAGUUAUUUUUUCUUCGAUUUCCUACCGACUCGCUCAGUUCAACGGCGCUAUGGGUGCAGGUAUUUCAUCCCAAAGAAUCACGGAGGAAGAUCGGAUGAAACGUCAAAACUUACAGAAUGAACUCCGUAAGAUGCAGAACAGCUUGCACGUGACGUCGACGUCUCACUAUAUAUCUACAGAACACUACAGAAACUGGGAUGUCAGGCUGCAGUACGCGUCCCUCUUUACGGGAACAAUAGGUGCCGGAGCUAGUGUGGCCUCAAAAUUGGCUUGGAAAAUGAUGGUCUCGAACAUUCCUCGCCUCGCGCCCAUCGUUGUUGCCACCUCCACGACUUCGCUCCUUCUAACAGCUAUCGUAAAUCUACCGCAGAUUCAGAACACGCCGGGCAAUUUAUACCAGGCGCACUUUAGAUCUGGGAUAGAAUGCCAGUACCUAGAGAGGCAGAUGAAGUUCUUUUCUGAAACGGAAGUUUGGGAUUCCAAAGUAGCUUGGGAGACGCUUGCCGCAAAGUACGAGAAGUUUCUCAGGGAUAAGAAGGAAGUGAACAGCAAAAUUAAAUCUGAGAACUGGGCUUAUCGUAAGGCCUUGAAGAAAAUCGAGAGUAGAGACAAGGAGAAAAAGGCGAAAAGUUCAUCAGAACAGGAGGUGAAUCCGAGAUCCUCUGUCGAGUGACUGAGAUAGCUGAUGAUUCUGACAAUAUCAGGUUUGGUUAUCAGGGUACGAAAACAUUCACAGAAUAAACUCAACUUCCCCUUGGACGUAAAUAUCAAACUUGAAUUCACUUCCGGAUGGAAACUCAACGUAAACGGGAACUUUGACAAAAUACUAUUUAUGAUAGUUUUGCUUUCGAACGUAAAUCGUAUUUGUUAUUCUUGCUUCCAAACUCCUUUUGCGUGAUGAGUAUACUGUUACACAAUUUCAGGUUCAUAACAUAAGCCGUCUUUGCGGAUUAGAUUAUGAAACGAGAUCUAUUGGAGUUUCCCCCCGCCCCCAACUCGGACCUCAUAUUUUUUUUCACUGUUGCAUUAUUGUUGUCGAAAAAUUUCAUAACUGACAAUUUGAAAAAUGUCCCCAAUUUAGUCGGAGGAGAAGUACCGUUAGCGCGAGUACUCGAAAUCUAGGGUUCUCCGAAAGUUUUGUUGUCAUCAUGGCGGAAUCAAAUGUUGAGCUCUGUUGCCCAGUCGGUCACAGAGAUUCCAACACACUUGUCGUUUUCCGUAGCCCGGCGAGAUUUUCCCAGCCGGUUGCAUAGAAAUUGUUUGUUCUUUAUAAAGUGAUCUAAUCGUUAGAUGUUGAGUUUAGCAACAGUUGUGAUCACGAAAAGCCGCUUAGAAAUCGCACGCUUGAUUUGCAACUUGUCCUGCUUUGAAUUUACUGUUGGACGUAAAGUAAUUCUAAUAACAUCUCCUAAGGUGGACCUUUUGUUGUCAUAAUCUAACUGGCUAGUAUUUUUCCAAGCCCCUCAAAUUUUGCGCGUUCUCUCGUCCUGACAUGGAAAAAUGGAGUAAUAGUGGAAUAAUAGUCCCGGAAUAAAGUACAGUAUUCUUUGCGCCGCACAAGUCUGAACAAACCGCAUAUAAAUAAUUGUUCUUAUUUCCUUAUAAAUUUUUCUCACUUCCUUAAUUUCUGCCUUGUUCGCUCGGUUUUCAAAAGAGAAAAUGUAACUCCUUUCACGUACCGAAUGGGGCAACAAACAGGUAUUUCUUCAGAUGAGCGAAGCAAGCGGCAAAAAUUACAGGAGAUGCCAAAAAGUUUGAAAGUGAGAGCCGCAUCUCACUAUAUAGCUGCAGAAUACUACGGAAAAUGGGACUCCAGCUCAGGUUUCGCUACGUCUCUCUUUUCACAGGAACGUUUUUUUGCGCUUAGUUGUGUUUUUCUCAUCCUAGUUGUGUUUUCUAAGCUUAGUCGUGGAAAAUGCUGAUCUUAAAGAGUCCUCGCCUAGCAGCGAUCUUAGUAGGAACCUCUACGACUGGUCUUCGUAAAUCUGCCAAUAACGAUGAUCCAGAAUACACCGGCCAAUUUAGAUCGUUUCAGAAACGGAGGUUUGGGAUACCAAGACAUCGUGGGGGACGCUGGCAGCAAAAGUACCACGAAAACCUGCAUGCUCGUGUACAAGAAGGAGGAGAACAGCAAGUUGAGCUGGUCUUAUCGUGAAUCCUUGAGGCAAAUUGAAGAUAGGAAAAGAGAAUAAAAUUGAAUAAAGUGCAAAACUGGACUUGA